AUGCAAUUCAGCACUCUUUUCCUCGCCGCUGCUGCAGCAACUCUUGCCAGCGCUGUCAAAUUGACCAACUCCGACUUCGCCGUCACCGCUGGAAGUCCCUUCAACAUCACUUGGUCAGAUGCCGAGGGACCCGUCACUCUUAUCCUCAAGAAUGGUCCAUCUACUGCUCUCACCACUGUCUCCACCAUCGGAAGUGGAUUGACCGGAACGUCCUACUCCUGGACUCCAUCAUCCAGUCUUGACUCCGAUCUCUAUGCCAUUGAGAUUCAAGAUUCCACCAGCACACCCAACUACAGUCAACAAUUCCCAGUUUCAGGUGCUACUGCCUCUGCUUCAACUGUAACUGCUUCUUCUACCAGUGCUUCCUCCGCUUCAGGAUCUUCCACUACUGGUACUUCUACCGGAUCUUCCGCUUCAGAAUCGUCUACUUCUAGUACUUCUACCGGAUCUUCCACUGGUUCCUCCACUAGUUCUUCCACUGGUUCCUCAACCGCCUCUUCUACUGGCUCUUCUACUUCAAACGGUACCUCAACUUCUGCUUCUUCUUCUACUACUGCUAGCGGCAACAGCAGCACCACUCUCAGCGGGUCUAGCUCUGCCUCAAGAACCAGUGGAUCCUCAUCCAGAACUGCUUCAUCCAGCUCCACCGGUGGAACUUCCACAUCAACCUCCGCCCCAACCUCAGCAGCUGCUGAGUUUGCUUCCCCACUCGCAUUCAUCUUCCUUGCAUUUGCAGCCAUCGUCACCCUUAACUAA